GACAUACUAUAGCACAGAUGAAUACUAGUAAUAGCUUUGAAAAUCCUUUAAUUACUCAUAACUAUGCAAAUACUGCUGAUAAUAAUGCAGUAACUAUAGGUGUUUCUAUGAUUCCAGCUAAAGCUUUUACUGAAGAUUGGCACUUAGCUGAAGGAUAUCUAUCAGAUAGACCUGCUAAUGCUAUUAAUGCAAAUAAUACUAAUUCUAUAGCAUUUGGUGAUAUUCAGAUUACUCAGAAAGGUGAACCUAUAGGAGAAUUUUACUCAAAACUCUUAAAAUAUAGAAAAAUACUUAAUCUUGAUGAGCAACAGAUUAAAGGACAAUUUCUAAGAGGUUUGUCUUCAGACUUAGAAGAUAAUGAGAAAUACAUUAGUACUGAGCAACUAUUAGCUGAUCUUUUUGAAAUUUUAGAGCAAAUUGAAAUGCAAAAAGCAGAGAAAAAAUUAGGAUUA